AUGCCUGAACAUACGCCGGCACCAACGCCCGGCCGAGCUAUUUACGGAUUCGUUCUAUACUUAUUGUUUAAGACAUUAUUCUUGUUGUAUAUCCUUUGGGCAUACAUACCGACCGCCUGGUUCGAGCUGGUUGGUCUGACAUAUUUGCCAGACAAAUAUUUUGCACUCUUUCUACCCAAGGUCACAUUGGUCGCAGUGACGCUCUUUGCAUUUAUAAUAUAUCCCUCGCUCGCGCUCUCAAUGAUGCCCGAUGUGGACGAUCGAGCAACUGUCGCCGAUAGUAACACGAUCGUUCGAUGCGAGUACAGCUUUCCGGACGAUCAAUGCUGCCAUCAGCGCGUAGAGGAUCCGUUCGAAGCUGGCUGGUACGCGAAACGGCACUGUGCGAAACAUAGUUCCCGUCAUAUCGAAACCCAGCGUACGGUGCGUAUAGCGAACUUUUGCGACUGUCCCUACGAAGGACAAUGCCUUCUCCGGAAGGAUCCGGAAUAUUUACCUACGCUACGAAGUAAGGAUCCAAUACCUGCCGUCAGGGACUUAAACCUGUCCCAGGUCAGUCGUGUCCUGUAUCGACGGUGUAGAUGA